UCUUGCAACUCUAUCCUUAUAUAAGAAACAAAAACCAAAGGUUUAAAGCAUAGAAAUCCAGAUACUGAAGCCUGAACCAAAAAUGAUAACCUUCAAAUCUAGUUGCAUGAUUGUUCCAAGCGAGCCAACCCCAAAUGGCCUUUUAUUGUUAUCUGAGAGCGACCAAGUGAUGCAGUGGACUCAUACACCUCUCGUCAUCAUUUACAAACCCAACAACAACACCAAUAUUAUACCAUUUUCAAUUGAAACAAUGAAGAACUCCUUGAGCCGUGCAUUGGUUCCCUACUACCCACUUGCUGGCCGGCUACACUGGAUCGAAGGAGGUCGACUGCAACUUCAUUGCAAUGCCAUGGGAGCGCAACUGACGGAAGCUUACUCUGAAUCAAAACUUGACGAAUUUGGUGAUUUUACACCAAAUGGGAUGGUCCAACAUCUUUUCCCUAGAGUUGAUUACGGUACUACUUCAAUUGAGGAGCAACCCUUAUUGCUGGUGCAAAUAACAAAAUUUCCUUGUGGUGGGCUUUGUGUUGGAACCGCCAUAUCCCACAUUGUGGCUGAUGGACGGGCUGCAAUGAACUUCACCAACGCAUGGGCUAAGUUGGGUCGUGGAGAGGAUUUGGGGUGCGACGAGAUGCCGUUUCAUGAUCGAACAAUGUUACGAUCACGUGAAGUAUUGCCAGUUCUUCCACAUUUUGAUCAUAUAGCGUUCUCAAAACCACCUCUCUUAAUAGGUUGCUCCGACACUAAAGCAGAGAAAGAGAAGGAAACUAGUGCUGUCUUACUAAAAGUCACCAAAGAGCAAGUUGAGGAACUGCAGAAGAAAGCCAAUCAAAACAUGGUUUUGGCACGACCCUAUUCUAGAUACGAAGCUAUCGCCGGCCACAUGUGGAGGUGUGCAUGCAAGGCACGUGCAGGCGAUGAUUGUCAACCAACAAGAGUUAGCUUCGGAGCCGACGGCCGCAAUCGGUUCAAACCACCUCUCCCUCAAGGAUACUUUGGGAAUGCAAUCUUUACUUCCGUGACAUCGACGUGUCUUUAUGCUGACCUCUUGUCCAAGCCACUGAGUUAUGCUGCUGGGAAACUGAGGGAAGCAAUUGAGAGAGUUACAGAUGAGUAUAUAACAUCCGCUCUUGAUUUUAUAAUGAGUCAAAAAGAUGUGUCUCCUUUGAGGAAAAACUUCCACAUCAGGGGAUACACUGAAGCACCUUUCUUAGGGAAUCCUAAUAUUAAUAUCACCAGUUUGAUCAAUUUGCCUAUGUAUAGUGUAGAUUUUGGAUGGGGAAAGCCUGUAUACGUGGGUCCAGGGAUCUUGCAUUCCGAUGGCAAGAUAUUUAUCAUGUCAAGUCCUGCAGAUGAAGGAUCUCUUGUCAUAGCAUUGUGUUUGCAAACACAAUACAUGGAUUCCUUUAAAAAGUUCUUCUACGAGGAUAUAUAAUCAAUCUUAAGGAGCCAUCUGUCAAUCAGUAGUGAUGAUGAUGAUGGAUCCUCGGUCAUCUUUUGACGCAGAAGAAAUCAAGGGUUCCUUCAUAGGUGAUUGACGUGGAUGGAUGGGAGUAGAAAAGUUUGAACGUGCAUGGAGGCAACAACCAAAAAUAGGAUUUUCAAUAAGCUGGUUUAUGAUUUGUUUUACUUUUACGAGUGUUGGUUUAGGGUAUUUUAAGGAAUUAUUGUUCAUUAGUAAUUGGAAGUCUUUAUUUGUAAUAAUUAAGAUUUCUUAGUCCUCAAUGCUUAUAAGUCUUUGAAGCC